UGACCAUAAAAAAAACAUCCCCGGCCAUGCAGCAGGGCGGCCUUGUAAACGCCGCCCGCAUCAACCCCGCGAUACGACACGGGGGUGCUAGCUCCCUGGCAGCUAUAAGGGCCAGGUAGAGGGAGCUUUCCCAACAUGGCAUGUCAUCAUGAAGACCGCCCGGGCCGCCCAGAACCUGGUCUGUCCAACUAUCAUGAGACAGCUAUGGUCGUACUUUGAGGUUUUGCCUUGCGCGUGCAUCGAGGCAAAAGCAACAGACAGCUGGCUUUUCUGCCGAGACGCUGGACGUCCACUCGUCCAGCCAGCCAAUGCCGACCGCAGGAAGGCAGAAGAAAAGGACAGGAAAAUCCCUCAAUUCAUCAUCGGUGUGUUGGCAUCAAAGAACUCCCAACGAUAUCCGAGCUCUGUCCUGUGCGCACCCCGUUUCGCUUGGUGGACCCUGUGCAAAUAAAAACGGUUGUUUUUUUGGUACUUCCGCGUGCGCCUUAAUUAGCCCGUGAUAGAAGUACCAGCACAAGUCAUUGUGACAAAGCGGUACGUCGCGCUUGAGUAGGGCAAGUUCCAACGCGCCCCUAAAAAUCCGUACCUCCAAGUCACAGCAACAAACAGGGGUGCUUUUGCUACUCAAAGGGAUGAGAGCCAGCUAGCGAGAUGGUUCAAUUCGUCCGAAUGGGCGCGCGAGAUACCCAAGUCCAGCGCCCCUCCGCAUUGGACCAAUCAACCAGCACCCCAGCCCAAGGGGGUAUUCACAACGCAUCAAUGACGGCAGCCACAACGCAAUUUGCCGAGGUCGUAGAGAUUGUGCGCCAGUGCCACAUUCUCUGGUUUUGUACAGCCUCUAGCGACUUCCAAUCUUUGAAUGGGCAAAGAACAAGCAAGUGCAGAGGAUCUCUUACCCAUUUCAGUCUCUUCUUUCACAUUUAGGCAGUCGGCCUUUAGUACAUUUGCUACCACAAUCACGAGCAUGGAGAACUCGGAUGCACUUGAGAUUAUAGGCUGCGCAAGACAGAGCGCCGGAAAUGCUUGGGCGGGUGAAAGCGAAUGCUGGAUUGCUUGUUGACCCGACAAUCAUUCGAGUAACUAACACCCGCUUCUCGUUUUGCUCCUUCCAUGUGUGAACCAACAUCCCAAAAGGAAACACCGAACCUGUCUGCAUCACGUUAGAGGCCAAGUCGACC